AGUGAGCAGCUCGUCAUUUGCUACUGCUUAAGAGCCUAGGCAAAGCUCAGAGCCACAGACAGAAAGAGAGCGAGCCAACAGAGGUCUGUGCAAGGGUCUGGGAAUAUCGGCAACACCUUCACUAGGUGGGAUACAACACUGACAUACCACUAUUUGGGGGAAAGCUGGCAAACAUAAUUUGGAAGUCUUAUUGUGAGAAGGAUCCCCUCAAUCCACACGACUCUCUAAAGUAGGUGUUUUUAUAGAGACCGUCAAGUAUAAUCUCCAGCUUUGUGGGGGUCACAACAUGCAUGGACUUAUAGUUUGACAUUGGAAUUGCCUUUCUGGGUUUCAGUCAAGUUGUAAGGGAUUCAGUCAUCUAGUCAUAUUUCCAGUGUUAUUCUUGUUGUUUUUUGUAAAAUGGCACCAGACUUGACAGCUUCUACUGCUAAUCAUGACAGUUAGAGAAUGGACUUUCCUGGACAUUCUUCCAUGAGCUGCUCACUCCCCCCUCAGCUCUGCGGCUGAACAAGAGUGGGUGUAGGGCAGCAUCAGGGAGACUCAGGCUGCUCAUGAUGGGGAACGUCAUACGUGGCGCUGUGGCCUUUAUCCCCUCCGAGCGCUGCCAGCGUUUCCUGGUGGGCGACCUGAAGGAGAUGCCUCUCGAUCGGACACUAGACCUGAGCAAACUGCAGCUGCGUCGUCUUCCUGUGGCUGCCUGCCUGUUCAAUGAGCUGGUCAAGCUCUACCUAAGUGGCAACAACCUGAGCACCCUACCUGCAGACUUGCAGGGCCUGAGGAAGCUGCAACUCUUAGCUCUUGACUUCAACUGUUUCGAGGAGCUGCCUGCGGCUGUGUGUCAACUACCUCAGCUUAACAUCCUGUAUCUGGGCAACAACCAGCUCUGGUGCCUCCCACGGGAGCUGGGCGAGCUGAAAGAACUUAAUACCCUGUGGUUGGAGACUAACUGUUUCACUCAGUUCCCCAGUGUGGUCUGCGACCUCCCCAACCUCAAGACGCUCCAUCUGGGGUACAACCAGAUAAGCAAACUGCCCAUGGAGCUCGGUGGGUUAGAGGAGCUGAGGAGUAUCUGGCUAGCCGGGAACCAGCUGUGUGAGUUCCCGCCAGUGUUGCUCGCCAUGCACCUUCUGGCCGUGAUCGAUGUGGACCGCAACAAAAUCCGCCGCUUUCCUGGUCUGUCCCACUUGCAGGGGUUGAAACUGGUAAUCUACGACCACAACCCCUGUGUGAACGCACCUGUGGUCGGGGAGGGGGUCAGAAGGGUUGGACGCUGGGCAGACAGCUCGGAUGAUGAAGAGGAUGGUGAGGAUGGGUUGAAAGUGUGUGAGACUCCGACUGAGGUGAAGGAACUUGCCCCAGAGGGACAACUGGACUCACUACUUGAAAAGGGUUGUGGAAGCAUCUGACCUUCAACCGUGGCUAAACUGGGGAACAGGAUGCCAGUCAAGUGGAGCACUUACUGAAGAACGACCACUUACUGGAGAACGGCCAGCAGCCAGGCCUGAUGGUGUUUUGUUCCAAAUAUGGUCAGGCCAAUGAUAUGGACCUAAACACAGAUGACAAAUAAUAAGCUGUUACGAUUGGUUUCCAUCAUGAUGAAACAUGGACCUCACGAAGAGUGCCAGGAGGAAUCUGAUAUGAAGUUCUCUACUUUUACAUCACUGUCUGCAGACUUGAAGGAUUUUCUUUUGCUCGUAUUCAGUUCAUUUUACAGGUUAUUUUCCAAUUCAAAACAUUUCUGGAGACAUGAACCCCGGGGCACACCACGUCAUUUCAACAUGGAAAUUGGGGUAAUAUUGUUGCGAUGUUGAUCAAUGAGAUUUCAACAUUUAAUCACCCACUCAAAAUGACAGACAGAGUUUGUAGUAUUCCCAAUGUGUUAUCACUAUGGUUUCAACCAUCUGAAAGCACAACAAAAUUCCAAUAGAAAAACCAUGUCUGAUUUUUUUGUUUUGUUUUCAUCUAAAAUGUGUUAUCACAGCACUUUAAACCAUUUUAAAGCACAACAAAGUUAGAAUGAUAAUACAAUGUCAGAUCUUUUGUAUUUAUACAACAACUUAAUGUGUUAUCACUGUGCUUCAUCUAAUAGCAGAACCAAAUGACUUGGAUUGCAGUUGAGAUUACAUUAAAAGUACAUAUUGCAAGUGAUCAAUGAUGUUAGAGAUUCUGCACAGAUUAUUUAAGCAUUUGUGAAGAGCUCCACAGACCUGCGACCUUUGCAUCUUGAACAAGCAUGCUUUCUAUGAUUUCAGAAGAAGACAUUUAUAGUUACAUUAGCGUAACCUCAACAUGUGGUCAUGGAUGUGUUAGUCAUUUUAAGAUAGUAUUUAUUCAAUUACAUUAGUUUGUAAAUUAGCAAAAACUUUAGGCUAUUUACUGUCUUACAAAAGUAAUAUUGAAUUGUGUUUGGUUGACAACGCAACCAAAUAUCAACAUUUAAAGGAUGUCUAAUGCUUGCAUAGUUUCAUCUGAGCCACUGGCUAAAUCAUAUGCUUAACAUUUUAUUUUUGGUUUAGUUGGAGAUGUAAAUCCAACAUAAUUUGUUAACUUGUCAACAAGUUAAUAGGCUAUUUACUGUAUUGCAAAAGUGAUAUUGAAUUGUGUUUGGUUGUCAACGCAACCAAAUAUCAACAUUUGAAGGAGAUUUACAGUGG